AUGUCCGAGUACCAGGAGCGGCACUCGCUGAGCCGCAUGAUCGGUGCACCCCCCGGCUACGUCGGUCACGAUGCCGGCGGACAGCUGACUGAGGCGCUGCGCCGCCGGCCGUUCUCGAUCUUGUUGUUUGACGAGGUGGAGAAGGCCGCCAAGGAAGUGCUCACGGUGCUGCUGCAGCUCAUGGACGACGGCCGCAUCACCGAUGGCCAGGGCCGUGUUGUGGACGCCAAGAACUGCAUCGUGGUCAUGACGUCCAACCUGGGCGCUGAAUACCUGGCGCGGCCCUCGGGCAAGGACGGCAAAAUCGACCCGACGACGCGCGAGCUCGUCAUGAACGCGUUGCGCAGCUACUUCUUGCCCGAGUUCCUCAACCGUAUUUCGUCGAUUGUCAUCUUCAACCGGCUGACACGCAAGGAGAUCCGCAAGAUUGUCGACUUGCGCAUCUGGGAAAUCCAGAAACGGCUCAACGACAACAACCGCAACGUCGAGAUUGUCAUCAGCGACGAAGCCAAGGACUACUUGGGCAACGCCGGGUACUCUCCCGCCUACGGCGCCCGCCCGCUGCAGCGCCUCAUCGAAAAGGAGGUCCUCAACCGCCUGGCCAUUCUCAUCCUGCGCGGCAGCAUCCGUGAUGGCGAGAAGGCCCAUGUGGAACUCGUCGACAACAAGAUCACGAUUGUCUCCAACCACAGCGACAGCGAAAACGAGUCGGACAGCGAUUCCAUGCUGCUGGACGACGAGGAUGCCGUGGAGGAGCUCGUCGGUGACAACAUGGACGAGGAGGACGACCUGUUCGACUAA